AUGGAGAAAGUAGAGACUCUUGCAGUUAUCGACAUUGAGAACAGAGCGGCAUUCAAGGGCGACGAUUCGGAAGGCAAAGUCGUUUGGAACUUUAAGACUAUGGCCGCUGCAACCUUCUUGUGCACGCUCUAUACAGGCGCUCAGAUUAUUCUCUACUUCGUUGGUGGCUCGUUGUCGUUCAUUUCCCAAGAUCUCGGCGCCACGAGUACAGCUGUAUGGCUGCCAGUAGCCUACACUUUGGUCUUUGCUGCCACUGCUCCCGGUCCGGGUCGGAAUCGCAUUCGUGGCUCGGACCCUGACCUUGAAUUGGAGUUGCCAGCACGCUGUCUCGAAUCUGGAAUGCACUUUCCUUCUCAGCCAUUGGCUUCGCGCACUGGCUACCAACAUCGAGGUAAGCCGCGUGCGUCGAGCAGCGGCAUCGAUUGUUCGUUUGUGGGCAGAGACCUUCAAGGGUUUUCACGUUUUCGAGGUGGUAUAUGUAAUUGGCGAGAGCUUGUCUAUCGCUGCGGAAGCUCUCGAGCAUGCGUGUAUAUCUGCUUCUCUACGCGAACACGUGAGACAAUCGAUAACUGGCUGUCGCGGAGUUAUUCGAUCCAGCAUUAUAAUUCAGAAUUCGAUUCAACAGUCUGGGAGAGGGAGGAUGGAAAGGAUGGUGGAGGAUUCGGGCGGUGUCAGUCGCUUCGUGAACGUAUAUUGAAGACCAAGGCUCUGGAACUGGAGGAGAUGAAGCGUGUUGGAGAGAUAGCUGACCGCAACCGUUUCGCAACACUGAGCCAAAGAUCUAGUGAAGCGAGGAAUUGGCAGGAGAGCGACGAGUGUGAUACAGAUAACGUGAUUGAAGUGAUGGCAGAGACGUCAGACGCCCCACGACGACCAGAUCGCACGCGACUCCGACCCGGGGUACCAACUCGCGCAGCGGCUGGAGGUAAUACAAGGACGAGAAAAGGGGAAAGCGACGCAUUGUCCAUUAUUUUCUCGAUGAUUGAGGAGAGUUGAGCAGCAACGUGGAACCCAAGGCAGAACUAGCAGAGAUCAAAUCAAAGCCCAACUUGCAGAAACCAGAGCACAACUAGCAGAGAUGGUAUCGAGCGCAAGCGCCGUGUCAAAUUCAGGGGCAUCAAUCCCGGCAGCAGCCCUACGCCUCAGUCUUCGCAAGAUCAAUCAAUCCAUCGUCCUCAGCCAGCCAACUUGCUAGUAGUAUGGCAUCCCAUAACUAACACACUACUGCACGAUUGAUAUAUCAGGAGUGGGGGAGGAAGAGAGGAGCAAGGCACAACCCACACGACCGAUCACAGAUCCGAUCACAGAGCAAUUCAGGCAACUUUUGAUAUUGCGACCCUAGAGGGAGUUGAUAAAGCAAGGUCACUUUUCAAAAAAUGAACUGUGGAGCGAU